AUGCUAGCAAAUUCUAAUACUCCAGACCCGUUAAAUAGAUUGAACAAUGUUUUAUUUUCUCACUCUUUACAUCCAUCUUCAGGUAAUGAAUGGGACUUACUUUUUUCUGUAAUCGCUCAUCAACCAUGCGAUUUCGUCUGUCCUAUAUGUUUAUUUCCUCCAGUUGCUCCAAGAAUUACAAAGUGCGGUCAUAUUUUCUGCGCUGACUGCAUUUGUCAGCACUUAGCUUGUUCAAAACAGAAAAUAUGUCCUGUUUGUUUCUUGAGCAUUACCCAAGAAGAAUUGUUACGAACAGAUUUGCGAUUACAUGAAAAUUCUGAAGAAAUUACUUUCCAAAAAGUCAUCAAAAAUAGGCACAACUGCUGCUGUUUUGAUGGAACUACUGAAGUAGACAUGAAUCAGCUUCCUUUUGCUUCACAACCCAGUUCAAAAUUUUCUCAUUUUAUGUUGGCCGAUAGCGAAUACGUUUCUCAUAUAAUAGAAGAUGAGAGGACCAAUCUCAAAUCACAAAAAGUCAUAUAUUCUUCUCCAGAAUACCUUGAUACUCCAAAAAUUGGAAUGAUUGAGAGUAUUUUGGACUCUUUGAAAUCAGAGAAGCUUCCAGAAUCAAAUGAACCGUCAUUUACACUAGAAAGGCCAAACGAAACUGUUGUUUUCUUCCAAGAAUCGAAAGGUCGAAAUAUUUACCUUGAAAAUUUGAAUCAAAAGAUGCUUAAAGAGCAAUUUGGCGAUAUCAAGAAUUAUCCUCAACAAAUUACAGCGAAAAUUUUGAAAAUCAGAUCGACAACAGUUACACAACGAUUCAGAAGGCAAAAUCCGAUACUUGGGCACCUUCCAUCUGGUGCUGAAGUAGAUUUUGCGCUGAUCGACCUCGAAGGAAUUGUUGAUCAGAGUAUCAUCAAAAAAUAUUCAGGAGCAAUCGCUUACAGACUUAAGGAGGACACAGAAGACGAAGAUAAUGAUGGAGAAGAGGAGGAAGACGCAGUUGUACAAGAGUUUGACACAGAAUAUUUCCCAUCUUUGAUUGAAACCCCAGAAAAACCUACAGAAUCAAAGCCAGUUAAAUCUGCUUGGUCACAUGUCAAAGCUCAGCCGAUAAAGCCUGAGAGAAAGAAGACUUUCGCUGAAGAAUUUCCUUCUCUCGAUGGAAGUCCCCUUCCGCCACCAAAAUUUGUUCCGAAGCAUCUUCAAAAACAAGUUGCUCCUCAAUCUGCUUGGGCAGCAAUACAGCAAAGGCCAAAUUCAACGAAACCUUUGAAUGAGGACUUUCCAGCACUUUCAGCGCCUCCGAAGAAGAAAGAGCUACCGAAGAGAGUUUCUUCGUGGGCUGCAAUUGGUACAAAAUAA